AUGCCCCCCAAAGCCGAUAUCAACAAAGCAGGAUGGGAACAGAGUGAAUUUCCCAUUCUUUGCGAAACAUGUUUGGGUCCCAAUCCAUUCGUGCGGAUGUCCAAGCAAGAAUACGGCAAGUCAUGUGGGACGUGUGCACGUCCAUUCACCGUCUUUCGUUGGAACCCCGGCGAGGGUGCACGCUUCAAAACGACCGUCAUCUGCCAAACAUGCGCCAAAAUCAAGAACGUCUGCCAGACCUGCCUUCUUGACCUCGAAUAUGGCCUUCCAACACAAGUUCGAGACACGGCACUAGGCGUACACAGCGAUGCUCCGACGAGUGACAUCAACAGGGAGUAUUAUGCUCAAAAUAUGGAAGGCAAGCUGAAUGGGAACAAGUCUGGUCUCGACUCUAUACGGACGUCGUCAGCAGGAAAGGAGAUGCUGAAGCAACUGGCAAGGACAGACCCUUACUAUAAGCGCAACCGGCCACACGUAUGCUCGUUCUACGCGAAGGGAGAUUGCAACCGCGGAACGGAAUGCCCCUACCGACACGAGAUACCCGCUGAAAAUGGUCUGGGACACCAGAACAUGCAGGACAGGUAUUACGGACGGAGUGACCCCGUUGCACGUAAAAUUCUGUCUGGCAAUGCUGAGAACCAGGGGCUGCAACCCCCAGACGAUGUGACUGUUACGUCCCUCUUCCUUUCCUCACUUCCCGCGAAAUCCACGGAGCUAAGCAUCCGCACUGCCGUCCUCCAAUCCCUACCCAGUGUACAACCUACGCAACUUAAGUCUAUCGUUCAUGUAGAAAAAACACGAUGCGCAUUCGUCAACUUCAAAGAGCGCUCAACAGCUGAAACGGCAGCACAGGGUUGGGCGAACGGAGUUGAAAUAGAUGGCGAGAGAAUAGUUGUGAAGUGGGGUCGCAGUAAACCCAAGCAACCUUCCAAUCUUGCUGGGCCAUCAGCUUCUCCUGUGACGGCAGCUGCGUCGUAG